AUGAUCUACGAAAAUUGCAAUAUCCCUGUCAUAGUGUCCCCUAAGCUAUCUACUGAGCAGGUUGCUAAAAGCCAUCUUGCUCUCAGACGGAGUCUUCUCUCGGAUAUUGACGAAGUAGAGAAUAUGGAGCUGAUUAUACAACACAUCGGUCCUUUGACCCUAAUAACGUGGGCGGGAUGCCUGAUAUUGCUACACGUAUGGACAGGAUACCUGCUAGGUCACCCCCAGGAAGGUGCAAUGCUAAUUGAGCUGACACAGGGGCCGCUGGUCGCCAAAUUUACCGACGCCUAUGCUGCUUACCACUCUUGGAAAGGCAGCAUUCAUCUGGACAUUAGCCGAUGCCAUGAAAAAUACGGGGACUUUGUUCGCUAUGGCCCAAACCGAAUCUUAGUGAACUCCGCUGCCGGUCUGAAGGACAUAUACGGCCACGGCAAAAACGUUCGAAAGUCCCCAGCAUACCGAGCCCUUAUACAUCGUGUCCCCAGUACAUUCACCCUAGUCGACAAAAGGGAGCAUAGCUGGAAACGCCGAAUCUUGGCACAGGGAUUCACAACUUCCACACUGCGAGAUCUGGAGCCGCACAUAUUGGGCAAGAUCGAUAGAUUUUGUAAAUGCAUGCUUGAGCAUGGUGAGGGUCGCCCCCAACAAGGCGGGUGGUCCAGCCCACAGAAUCUCUCGGAUUGGUGUUCAUACCUCAGCUUCGAGAUUAUGGCCAGUGUAGUUUUCGGUCAGAAAUAUGACAUGCUGGGAAGCGAAGAACACCGACAUCUGAUCAAAGAUAUCCAGAAAAGUAAUAUCCGGGUGUCUGUUCUGUACAACUACAUAACAUUAAGAUCCUUGCACUUGGACCGACUCCUAUUCCCAGAGUCUAUGAAAGGACGGCGUACGUUUCUACAUUACAUAAACCUCUUCCUCACCCAUAGCAGUGCUAGGGGUCAACUAUCCUCAGGGCACUCUUCGAACUUGUUUCACCUUCUAAAGACUUUUCGCGACCCUGAAUCAGGGAGACAGUUCCAUGCGGCUGAGCUACGGGCCGAAGCAGCUACUCUUAUUGCAGCAGGUAUGGAAACCUAUGUGUUUCGAGGCUCGUAUCGAACCAAAUAUAUAGACGCUGACACUUGUAUUAUGAAACCCGAAGGCCUUGAGACAACAUCGAGUGCAAUGGCAGCCACGUUCUUCUAUCUUUCCCACUUUCCAGUGGUGCAAAGCACACUGGCCGAAGAAAUUCGCACAACAUUUGACUCCGUUGACUCUAUUCACAUGGGGCCGCAACUGAAAUCUUGCCGAUAUCUGGAUGCUUGUAUAUAUGAAAGCCUCCGCAUGUCUCCACCCGUAUCCUCGCCAACAUGGCGGCAGGUCGAAAACAGAGGAGCCCUGAUUGAUGGCCGGUUCCUAGAGCCCGGCUGCGAUGUUGGAACCAGCAUCUACGCUAUCCACCACAACCCGCGCAUCUUCCAGGACCACGGCACUUUCGAUCCAUCUCGGUGGUUGGAGCCGGACAGUCGAGCCAUUCGGGCUGCUUUCGCACCGUUCUCUAUUGGACCGAGAGCAUGUGUUGGAAGGUCGCUUGCACUAGCAGAGUUGGCCAUGGUAGUUGCUUCUGUGGUGUGGAGAUAUGAUCUCAGGCUGGCCGAUGGCAGUCUUGGUAGAGUUGGGGAAGGUGGGAAAGAGCUCGGAAGGGGUCGCGAAAGGGUCCAGGAGUUCCAACUCUACGACCACAUCGCAGCUGCUACCGAUGGACCGUAUGUCGAAUUCCGUGCCCGCGAGGCGUAA